UAAUGAAUAACUAAGUUUUCAAUGAACACCAAUCAUACAAUAAGCAAAAGAAGUUUGGUUAUAAAUGUAGUUUUUUCAUGUGUGUGUGUGUGUGUGUGUCAGUUCAUAUAUUUAUUAAAAAUAACAAAUAACAAGAUAUUAUUGAUUUUGAAAAGCACACUGAUCAAUUUCGACUGUCCAGAAUUAUCAAUCAUGUUCUACUAUAUUUCAGCAUAUCAUCCACUAGUAUUAAUGGUUCACAUAAUUCAUUUGAAGAAUAAAAUCUUUAAUCAAAUAAUGUGAUAAUGAUGAAUUAUAUCUGCUUUUUAUGGUGUAUUUUAAUUUGGACAUCAGCUUUUCUAUGUACAAUUGGAUGUCUAUUACCUUAUUGGUUAGAUGGUAGAAUUAUUCGUAAUCCACAAAUUACUACAAUUGAACAAAAUCAUUUUAAAUACACAACUUAUCAAUCAGACUUACCAAGUACAUUGAAUUUAUUUCGUCGAUGUGUUUAUCCAGUGUACACAACUAUGGUAACAGAUAUUCUCUCUGAGGAUCCAGAAAAAGCGACAAUAUUUUUCAAUCAACCAACAAAACAAAAAUUAAAUUUAAAAAAAGAUUUUAUUGAAUCUUCACUUAUUCAUAUACAAACAAAUUGUGGUUAUUAUCAAUUUUUUGAUAUACCUCAUUUGGCAUGGAGAUUUAGUUUGAUGCUUUUAGUGAUCGCUUGUUGUAGUUUAUUUUUUAUAGCAUUUAUUCUAUCAUUUACUGGAUGUUAUUUAAAACUUCUAUGGACAAUGAAUGUACAUCGUAUAUGUCAAUUGGGGUUAAUGUUUUCUGGUCUCAUCAUCCUAUUAUGUUGUAUCCUGUUCACUAUUGGAUGGUCUGACAAUGAUGAAAUUUUACAGAUUUGCGGUGAAAGGCGUACACGAUUUGAUUUAGGUCAUUGUCAACUUGGAUGGGCCUAUGUUAUUACAAUAAUGGGUGGUUUGUUGUCAAUCUUUUGUUCAAUCUUUCCAAAUCUAUGCUUUCCAAAAAUACUACUUGAAAUGAAACAGAAUAAUAAGUCCCAAUGUGUUAAAUCUAGUCAACGACAAACAAAUGAUGAAUUAAUGCCACAUAUCUUAUCACAUGGUUUGUCAGUGACACCGACAAUUAUAACAGCUACACAAGGUGGGCCACCAUCUGCUGAAACUGCAUCAACUAGUUUACAAAUGUCUGAUCCACGUAUUCACCAUGUUGGUUUCGAAUCACCAUGGUUGAAAAAUUGGGGUUGCUGGAAUACACCAAGUCAACAUCAAUCACAUGGACCAAUGGUACUAUUACAUCCUGAUUACAAUCUAUCCUCCAAUCCAAGUGGUCGUUAUAAUGCAGAAAAUCAAUUAGGCUAUAGUCAAGGAAGUUUAGAUGAUACUUCGUCAGUUGGGACAGAUAAGAAAUCUGCUACUGGUCAUCCAAUGAAGUCGAAUGUCUCAGAAAAUUCGAUACAAAACAUAGAAAGUAAUGCGUAACUAUUAAACGGCUCACCUGAAACACAUACAUCAAAUCUAAUGUGAUCUUUUACACAAAAAAUUAGUGCAUAAAAUAUUUGCAAAUUUCCUACCUAAGUUAAAAAAUAUUUCAUGUACGCCAACUGACUUUGUCGUAUACAUACAUUUAAAAUAUAAUUCUGAUAACCUUUG